AGUCGGCUAUUCCAACCAUCGCCUGUGGGUCAAGAACAACGACAAGAGCUUAUCAAUCAGCCUCCUCCUGCUGGGCAGGCCGAGGUAGAUGAAGAAGGCACAGGAGGAGAAGAAGGAGGAGGAGGAGAAAAUGAUCGUCUUGUACGUGAAAAUGAGGUAACAGAUCUCCAAAACCGGGACUGUAGAUUCUCAGAGGCGGACGCGGAAAGGAAGGUGGGCCCUCGUGUGGCUCUUAAUAAAUCGUACCAGAAAAACAGCAAAAAACACUCUGCAGACAUUGAUAAAGAGUACAACCGCGUGUUCGCACUUCGUUCAGAGAUCAAUGCACUGCUGGCAGGAUUCAAGCAGAGGCUGGAGCUUCAGGAGCACAUGAACUUGAGUGUGUGCUUCAAGAAUUUGAGAAAGCUUGUUGGGCUCUAUGAUACCCUAGAGUUUGAUAAGGAAGCUAUGAAAAUUGUCAUCGAUCCAAAGGCAGAUGAACAUGCCGUUGAAGCAGUUAACAAGUUCAACAUGAUGCUUGACAAAUGCCACGAGUUUCAGGAAAAGCUACAAACAUCAAAACCAGUCAUGGAAGAAAAGCUGAUGGCCUUAGAAAAAGAAAAUAUGCAAACCCAAGAAACUUUGGAUGCCAUUGCGCGUGCCAAAAAUCAGCUCAAGUGUGUUCAGGAGUGGGAAGCAGAUGUUAAGCACAUCAUAUUUGAAACCAAAACUUCCUCAAUGUUGUUCACUUCAGGGAAAGUUGUCACUGGAGUUCAAACCUGA